GCACGACAAGAGGCUAUCCGUGAGAAGGAGAAACAACUGAAGGAGGGAGAAGAAACGAGGAAGGCUUGACAAUUUGGUUAACCGGCCAGUCGAUGCUGACAAGGAGAGAAUGGAGAAGCAAAUUGAGUUGCUUCGACAAGAGCAUGUUCUCAUCAAGAAGAACAUGGAGGAGAUGGCGAGAUCACUCAAACAAAGUAUAACCGACACUAAAAGACCUGCAAUGGGGGUCUGUAUCAGCAGCCCACCCGAGGCGCCUGCUCAAGGGAAGGCGAAGGUCAUCGGGGUAGGCACGCCCAGCUCCCAGGACUUCGAGAAAGUACUUAAGGCAUACAACACGGUCAAGGCAGGAAAGCCCAUUGCGGAUAUGGAAGUCCACACCUUAAAGGAGAGGUUUGAGAAGGCGGUCGCAAAGCUGACCACCGUCUCCCCUCCUUCCCCGCCGCGACUACCGACGCGUCGAGCCAUUCGCUCAGCCCGUUGCAGCGAGCAGCUUUCUACUCGCGAGGACGUUGUGUCCUCUCUUCUGGACUUGAGCAUGCUCCAGGCCUCUCAGGAGCGACUCACUCUCCAUGUCGCUGCACUGCGUCGCCUUUUCGCCAUCCUCUCUGACCCUGAUCGCACCCUCCCGAUCAUCCCAGUACGACUCGAGACCUCCACGAGGGUGUUCUCAGCGCUGUGGGAUUCCGGUUCUCAGGGCGACUUCAUUCACCCACGCGUGGUGAAGGAAGCCUGCUUACCCACGACAGGGUCUCCGACUCCCAUCUCCGUUACCCUAAGGGAUGACAAGACCCAGCGCUUCUUUGAUCAGACGGUCACCGACCUCCCCUUCUUCCUCACUCUCGAGCCGACUGAUCGUUCCCCGGCGUCUCGUCGUCACCGCUCCUCUGCACAUUUCGACGUGAUGGAGACAAGGUACGACUUUAUUCUCGGCACUCCAUGGUCUCGUCGGUUCCGUAGCACCGAGGCCGAUUGGGCGACCAACACUCUCGUUCUCAAAACGAAGUGUAGACAGACGUAUCGCGUACCUUUCAUAGGUACCACGGCGAUACCACGCCCCGAUCCUCCUCCCCCGGAGCCUUCAGUGCCCACACCACCCCCCUCUAUCACUGUCACCUCGCCUCGGCAGUUCGCUCACUUCAUUCGACAGGACGACAUCACCUUCUUUAUGGUGGACGUGAUGGAUCUCUUACACUAUGAUCCACCCUGUCCCGACGCCGAACUCAUCCCUCUGAAGCCAGAUCCUCCAUCUAUCUCCAUGGCUCCCAUCUCUACUUCCGUCCCUCCGCCGUCCGUCGAGUCCACCCCGCCGUCGGGCGCUGAUGCUGACGCUGAGGAACUCGCACGAUAUACGGAUGACCUGGAGCCCGCAGUUUGUGACCUCAUCCGAGAGUACCACGACGUUUUCCCAUCGUCGUUCUCGUACGCCGGCAUCCCACCGAUGCGUGACGUCGAGCACUCCAUUCAGCUUGUGCCUGACUAUCGUGUUCACCACCAGACACCCUACAGACUCUCGAUUCCCGAGGCCACCGAACUCAAGCGUCAGCUUGAGGAGCUCCUAAGACAGGGUUUCAUUAAACCCAGCAACUCCCCGUGGGGUGCACCCGUCCUCUUUGCUCGCAAAGCGGAUGGAACUCUCCGUCUCUGCAUCGACUAUCGCGGUCUCAACCGCUACACGGUUAAGAACAGCUACCCCAUGCCUCRUUCCGAUGAGCUGUUCGACCGCCUAGCAGGCAACCGCUUCUUUACGAAGAUUGAUCUUCGUAGCGGUUACCAUCAGAUCCGCGUCGCUGCAGCCGACCAGCCAAAGACCGCGUUCCGAUCGCGCUUCGGUCACUACGAGUUUACGGUGAUGCCAUUCGGCCUCACCAACGCACCCGCCACCUUCCAGAGGGCGAUGAACGACAUCUUCAGGGACAUCCUGGAGCAAUACGUUUUCGUUUACCUCGACGAUAUCCUGGUCUACAGUCGUACCCUUGAGGAGCACCUCAGACACCUCCGCGACGUCCUUGACCGCUUGCGCAGACAUGGCUUCUACGCCAAGCUCAGCAAGUGCCGCUUUGCCCAGCACAAAGUGGACUUCUUAGGACAUUACGUGUCUGACCUGGGUCUCCACAUGGACGACGCGAAGAUCACUGCUAUUGCAGAGUGGCCUGCUCCUACAUCCACCAAGCAGCUUCGGAGCUUCCUAGGCCUGACCAGCUACUAUAGUAACUUCAUCUUGGGAUACGCUAGGUAUUCCUACGUCCUUACCUCCACCCUCCUCCGGAAGAACCCGCCCUGGGCUUGGACACCCCUCCACGAGGACGCCUUCCGCGCCCUCAAGAAGGCGGUGACAUGCGCACCGGUUCUUCACCUACCCGAUUUUGAUCGCCCUUUUAUCCUUACCACCGAUGCGUUAGACUUCGCUGUAGGAGCAGUGCUUUCUCAGCUACGUGUCCGAGCAGUAGCAGAGUUCCAUGACCAGGCAGCUGCCGGUCAUAUGGGCUUCCACAAGACGUUGGCUCGUGAGAGCCGCCUGUACGUUUGGCCGAAGCGCAAGGACAUUGUGAAGGACUACGUCGCAGAGUGUCCGACCUGUCAGGAGGUGAACAGUGCGAACCACUUGCCUUAUGGUUUGCUCCUGCCUCUUCCUAUCCCUGAGGGUCGUUGGCAGUCCAUCUCGAUGGACUUUAUCGGUCCUCUUCGUCCUCCGACCCCUCGCGGUCAUGAUGCUAUCCUGGUCGUUGUCGACCGCUUCACGAAGCGUGCACGCUUUGUUCCGUGCCGCUAUGCCAUCAGUGCACGUGAGGUCGCCGACAUCGUGUUCGACCGAAUCGUGCGUGACCACGGCUUACCUCUGAGCAUCAUAUCUGACCGUGACCCGCGCUUUACCAGCCGAUUCUGGCGACGGCUCCACGAGGUAUACGGCACUCGGCUCCGCUUCUCCUCGUCUUACCAUCCUCGGACUGAUGGUCAGACCGAGAUCAUGAACAGGACUCUCGGAGAUAUUCUUCGAAAGAUUGUUCGUGACGACCAGCAAUGGGAUCUUCAUCUUGCCCACGCGGAGAUAGCCUACAACCACGCCGUCUCGCCAGCCACGGGGAUGUCGCCUUACUAUUGCGACCUCGGCUAUCACCCUCGUGUUCCCGCAGACUUCCUUCGACCGUCCCAGAUGCACCCUGACACGAGUUGUCCCGCGCUGGAUGAUUGGGUUGCACACAUGACGUCGAUAAUGAAGACCGCACAUGAGCAUAUAGCCGCUUCCCAGACUCGCAUGGCAGCACGUGCGAACCGAUCGAGAAUGGAUCAUCCAUUCAAAGUCGGUGAUGAUGUGCUUAUCGACGCCCGCCACUUACAGCUUGAAGCGGACACGCUUCGCAAGUUUCGRCGUCGCUUCUUUGGCCAAUGCCGCAUCCUCCAGGCCGUCGGUUYUGAUACGGCAUCUAGCCCGGUCAGCUUUCGUGUGAAGUUGCCCGACUACCUACGCCAGGCUCGUGUGCAUGAUGUCUACCACGUCUCGUUACUGCGUCCUUACGGCAAACCGUCUGAGCGUUUCGUUGGACGACCAUACAAGCGCCCUCCACCCAUCAUGGUGGACGGUCACGAGGAGUUCCUCGUUUCAGACAUCAUUGGUCGCCGAGUCACCGACGACAACCCUCCCCACGUCGAGUAUCUCGUACGUUGGAAGGGUUACCCUGAUGAGGAGGCUACCUGGGAGCCCCUCGAGCACUUGCAGCACGCUCGCAUGUUGGUGCGUGCCUAUGACUGUGCUCGUCGUGCUGGGUUCGCUGAUCCUCCUCAGCCCACUGACCCUCCUCCUUCUUCUCCGCCUGAGGAGACCGCUGAAGUCGAGCCUCCUCCAUCUGAGGCAGACCUUCAGCAGCAGCCGGAUGCUUCUGAGCGUCCACAGCGCACUCGUCGUCGUCCUGCUCGAUACGACGAUUGACUCUGACUUACCUUCCCACGUCUUUGACUUCUCAGUACUCCAUCCACAUCAGUUUUGCUACUUCAGCUC